AUGGUUUCCAACAAGAUUUUAGUGGCAAUAAUUCUCUUAAACGUGUACAUAGGUGUACAGUCACUUUUUUACCUUUUUGGUGGCAUCGUUUUAACUGUUGUGGUUGCUAUGGCAUUUUUAAAUGGACCUAGGCUAUUAGACUGGGCAAAUUCUCCUCCCCAUCUUCAAUUCAAUAAAUACGUCCUGACUGGAUAUCGACCGAUCUCCUCAGUGCAAGACUGUAUCAGAAGCCUGUUUUACUUGCACAAUGAACUUGGCAACAUAUACACUCACGGCAUUCCUUUGGUUUGCUUCCUGGUGCUCCUGCCUCUCAACAUCCCCUGGUCUCAGAUCAGCGUCACGUGGCUGGGCGUGGUCCACUUCCUGGCCUGCCUUUCACCUCAGCUGGGCUCUGUGCUCUACCACCUCUUCAUGAACCAUGAGGGAGGGGAGCCUGUGUACCACACCCUCCUCAAACUUGACAUGUGUGGUAUCUGCAUGAUAAACACACUGGGAGCGCUGCCCAUUGUCUACAGCACACUGCUGUGCUACCCAUUCACACGCACCGUGGCCCUGUUAGUCUACAUCCUGCUGUCUACCUACGCCAUCUACUGCGCCAUCACGGCCCGCAGCAGCGUACGGCGCCUGCGCUCCUUUGCCUGGCAGGCGCUGUUCCGCUUCUCCUUCUUCCUGCUACGUUGGGUGGGUGUUGGCGGCGGCAGCCCCACCUCUCUGCGGCACUUCCUCACAAUGGACGCCCUGGCCGUGCUGGGCGGGGUCAUCAACAUCACGCGCAUCCCCGAGCGCUUCCGCCCCGGCCUGUUUGACUACUGGUGCAACAGCCACCAAAUAAUGCACGUACUGGUGGUAGGCUCCAUACUUUACCUGCACUGGGGGGUGUUGGAUGACCUGCUGUGGAUCAACAGUUACCACUGUCCAUCAGACUGA